AUGACCUGUGGAUCAGCUUGCUUUAGCUCCCGUAGUGGAGUCCACAAUUCCAGCUCCUGUGUGACCACUCAAAGGUACGGUUCUGGUCGCACCUUCAGCUGCACCUCGGCCUGCGGGCCCAGGCCCAGCCGCUGCUGCAUCACGGCUGCUCCUUACCGCGGCAUCUCCUGCUACCGCGGUCUCACUGGGGGCUUCAGCAGUCGCAGUGUCUGUGGGGGCUUCCGUGCUGGUUCCGGCAGCCGCAGCUUUGGGUAUCGCUCUGGCGGCCCCAGCCCUCCCUGCAUCACCUCUGUGUCAGUCAACCAGAGCCUCCUCACGCCCCUCAACCUGGAGAUCGACCCCAAUACACAGCGCAUAAAGCACCAGGAGAAGGAGCAGAUCAAGAGCCUCAACAGCAAGUUUGCUGCCUUCAUUGACAAGGUGCGCUUCCUGGAGCAGCAGAACAAGCUGCUGGAGACCAAGUGGCAGUUCUACCAGAACCAGCGCUGCUGCGAGAGCAACCUGGAGCCCCUGUUCAACGGCUACAUCGAGACGCUGAGGCGGGAGGCUGAGCGCGUGGAGGCCGACAGCGGGAGGCUGUCCUCAGAGCUCAACCACGUGCGGGAGGUGCUGGAGGGCUACAAGAAGAAGUAUGAAGAGGAGGUCACCCUGAGGACCACGGCAGAGAAUGAGCUUGUCAAAAUCAAGCAGGAGGUUAACUGUCUCUAUGUGCGCAAGGGAGAUCUGGAGGCCAAUGCACACAGCCUGGUAGAGGAGGUGGGCUUCCUGAAGACCCUGUAUGAAGAGGAGUUGAGAGUCAUGCAAGCCCACAUCUCAGACACCUCAGUUAUCGUCAAGAUGGAUAAUAGCCGGUACCUAAACAUGGACAGCAUUGUCGCCGAGAUCAAGGCUCACUAUGAUGAAAUCGCCAGCCGCAGUCGGGCCGAGGCUGAGAACUGGUAUCGCAGCAAGUGUGAGGAGAUAAAGGCCACGGUGAUCCGACACGGGGAGACCCUGCGCCGCACCAAGGAGGAGAUCAAUGAGCUCAACCGCCUGAUCCAGAGGCUGACAGCUGAGAUUGAAAAUGCUAAGUCCCAGAACUCCAAGCUGGAGGCCGCAGUGACCCAGGCGGAGCAGCAGGGUGAGGCGGCCCUCAAUGAUGCCCAGGGCAAACUGGCGGGGCUGGAGGAAGCCUUGAAGAAGGCCAAGCAGGACAUGGCCUGCCUGCUCAAGGAGUACCAGGAAGUGAUGAGCUCCAAGCUGGGCCUGGACAUCGAGAUUGCCACAUACAGACGCCUGCUGGAGGGAGAGGAACAGAGGCUGUGUGAAGGCAUCAACGCUGUGAAUGUCAGUGUGAGCAGCUCCCGGGGUGGAGUUGUAUGUGGUGACCUCUCAGUCACCCGUACCAGUGGCGUCAGGUCCUCUGGGGUGGGAGCCUGUGGCAGCAGCUGUAAGAAGUGCUGAGUUGGCAGGACUUGAGGAGGCACCCGAGCCCCAGCCCAUCUCACCCUCUCCGAGCCUCUCAGCUGGCCUGUCUGCCCAACCCUACCAUGUGCAGCCCGCCAUUCUGACUCACCUUCUCUACUGUCCACCUCUCAGUUCUU